GAAGAUGCGUCCGCGGCCUUCCUAGCCCAGCAGGAGAGCGAGAUAGUUGGCAUUGAGAACGACGAGGGCUUCAAUGGUAUUGAUGGAGCGAUGAAUGGAGAAUACUACCAGGAGAGUAAUGGUCCAACUGAUAGUUAUGUAGCUAUUUCACAAGUGAAUCGAUUACAGUCAGAACCAGAGAGUAUCCGUAAAUGGAGAGAAGAGCAAAUGAAACAUCUGGAAGUCCUUUAUGCUAAUUCUCAGAAGCAAGAAGCAGAAUGGAAAGAAAAAGCAAUAAAAGAGUUGGAAGAAUGGUAUACAAGGCAAGACAAACAGCUACAAAAAACAACAGUAAACAACAGGGCCGCUGAAAAAGCUUUCGUAAAUGAUGUCGAAGAGCCUUCUGGCCCUGAGUGGGGACGUGUGGCUUGGCUGUGUGACUUUAACCCCAAGUCUAGCAAGCAGGCCAAGGAUGUGUCCUGCAUGCACUCGGUCCUCAUCUCCCUCAAGCAGGCCCCCCUGGUUCACUGA